UCUCCCGCGCCUCAUUCCAGUCUGGUAUGGACUGCUGACAAAAUGCCAACCAACAGCAGGACUCUGGACUGCCUACAUCGUGGUGUCUACAUUUGGAACAUUUUCGAACAAGUGGAUUGUGGAUAUACGAACAUAUUAACAUUGAGGAAUAAAUAUUGUUAACAAAAUAUGAACAGAAGAAAAUGAAAGAAAUGGAUUUUCUUGUCAUUUUUGGUUACGCACUUGUUAUCUGCUACCCACCAGCCUCCGCAUCGAAGCUAUUCAGCGACUUUUACGAGCCGAGAGGGCAAAGAAUAUGCAAGCGCGGCACAGAGCGCCCCUGCUAUAAAAUUGCCUACUUUCAGGACACCAGACGCAAAGUGAACUUUGAGGAGGCAAGCCGUGCUUGCAGAAGUGAUGGCGGUGAGCUGCUCAGUAUCGAGUCCGAGACUGAGCAGCGACUGAUACAGAACUUCAUCCAGGAGCUGAGAGCUGCAGAUGGAGACUUCUGGAUUGGAUUACGCCGAGAUGAGGGUUACGAGGAGACGAGUGCGGACUGCCCUUCACAGUACUACUGGCUGGAUGGAAGCCAGUCAACAUUUAGAAACUGGCACUGGGAUGAGCCGUCGUGUGGCUAUGAGGUGUGUGUGGUGAUGUACCACCAGCCGUCUGCUCCACCUGGGCUCGGAGGCCUCUAUAUGUUCCAGUGGAAUGAUGACAACUGUGAGACAAAGAAUAACUUCAUCUGCAAGUACACCAAAGAGAUCUCCCCCGAGCCAACUCCAGGAAAUGGAACUGCUCCAGCAGGUGCUCCACUACCAUCCUUGCAGUCAACAUAUCCUUCAGUAACAUUAAAUGAUGACGGGAUGAGAGUUGUUGUAUCUCCAAACCCAGAUAAUGCCUUAAAUAUUGCCUACAUCAUUCUUCCUACUAUUCCCCUGAUCCUGCUGUUGAUAGUAGCAUCUGGAGUUUUUUGCUUCAAGCUUCUCACAAAGAGGGGGACGGACCAAAAUGAGACCUGCCCAAAAGAGCCAGGCUACUGGGUCUCUCCUGAACGCUGCAACAGCCCCAAUCAAGACGUUUACAACGUCAUAAGGAAGCAGCACGAUGCAGACCUGGAAGGGGCACGGCCAGACAUCAAGAACACCUCCUUCCUGGGCUCCUCUCCAGACACGCCACCUGAGGACUAUGACAACCUGGCUGGUCGCGACACAGAAAGUGGCUUUGUAACACUGGCGAGCACUGAGAGCGGUUUCGUGACCAAUGACAUUUACGACAUGUGCCAGAUGCGUGGUAGUGGACGAUACCACCGUGACACGGAAUGGAUGGACAGUGUGUAUGGCUAUUGAGAAGGUGCUGCAUUCUGUGAACAACUAACUACCACUUUGUGCCAAGUAGUAAGGGCUCGUUCUUCUUGACUCCCACCACCCCCCCCCCCCCCCCCCCCCCGCAGCCUGCUGUUAUAUUUUGCGAAAUGGAUUGGUUUUGGUAUGCAUCUUAUCCUCUGAUCACAUCCAGGUUACAUCACGGCAUCAUUCUGGUGUUACCUGCAUGCAUUUCAAUUACCUACUGUCCUGUUCUCCAAUGAAGAGAUAUCCUCACAUACCGACUGCACAGUUAAAGGGGUGGACAGAAGCAUGGAACUCACUCCUCGGUUGCAUGAAGCCUCCGAAGAGCAUCUAUCAGUUUGCAUCAUGGCAGAAGUAGUCCACCAGCCAAGUGAUAUGAAAUGCUCUCUGAAGCAAUGACUUCAAGAGGAUCUGAGUGUAAACUGGUGUUUGUGUGAUGUCCUAUAGAGGUGGUCUAAAGAGACACUAACCUAAUCUUGAGUUCACAAUUAUUAAAAGCAAACCUUUAAUAUUGCGUCAGAUGGAAAUUAUUGAUCGAGGACUGUGUCAAGGACGGUCUGUGACUGUAAGCAACAGUUUUACAUAUGGAUAAGCCAGAACCAAACUGAACAGUGACUGUAGACUUCUGUAGGUGGAUUUGCAUGGCCCUGUUGCUGCUUUUCUUGGAACUGUUGCAGGGUAUAUGGUGGAGAACUCCGUCCUCUGCAGAUUGAACUUGCCUGUGUUAUUGAUGCCGACAUACUUGCUGCUUUGCCUACACUGGAAUGUGUUUGUCAUGUCAAGGAAACUAAUAAAUACAAGCUAAUGAAUGACAGUGAACAUGAAGGUAAAGAUGUCUAAAAGCAACUGUAAACUGGUGGUGUAUACAGCAAGUAAACAAUGUUUUGUAAGGUUUUGUAUAUUACAAGAUUGAUGUAGAGAAUUAACUGAAAAGCAUGAGAUAGGUAGGGUGCUCUAGUUUGAUCUGAGACUGUAUACUCACGUAGAUUCACAUAUUUGGAAUUUGGUAAUUAAAAAGCAAACACAAGAUUAUGUUAUUU